AUUUCCAUCUCUCGGCUUGUUUACCUGUGACUUGGUUGCUUCCAAUAACCAUGGUAAUGCUAUUCUGGUCGUAUGUAUUGUCGUAAGGCGUUCAUUGGUUAACAGUCGUGAGAUCGCUAUAAGCAGGGACCAAGCCUGAUGAAGUCUAUCGACAGCGCGUGUCGCUCACUUUUAGUCUUCAAUUGACUGCAGUACUAUGUACCGAAACAUGGACCGACCAGCUACCUACUUACAUACACAACCGCACCUUCAAGUUUUACUCGUUUAAGUAAAAAGAUGAGAGGAAGAUGAAAUGCUCAGUGGUUUCGGAUCGCCGUGGAAACGGUCAACACAGUGCGUAAACAAAUGGACAAAGCAGAUAUAUGAAUAAUUACGCGGAGAUACGGAGACCGUGUGAUUGCCAUCCUCUCAGGAAAGACUCUUUUAUUGUCCUGUAUAGCCUGAAGACCCGUCGCUACCUGAUGAAGUGGUGCCGAUCAAUCAAUACCCGGAUUGCAAAUUUUAAUAUCAAUUGAUCAGACCAAUCAUACACAAGUUUCGACCAGUGGUACUACACAACAACAUCCCGGCCUCGGUAAUCAGUUGUUUACAGGAUAAAAGUACCUACUGUUGCUUUUUAUUUCCUUUACUAGUAUCACAACGAUGGCUUCCGGAAAUAAAAAACUUUAUAUAUCUGUGAUGAACCGGGAAACUGUUCUCCUAUGGUUUUCCGAUUAAAACAAUGUAAAUGUGAGUGAAAUUAAAUUCAAAGAUUUUAAAAAGAGAGAAGAAUGUGUUACGAGUGCCGAUGGUUUCGCUGAGGGCAGCCAUGACGCGUCCCACUCAGCACGGAUGCUGCACUCUCCUCCACCUUCGAGAAGACAAUGCCAGGUUCAUCCUUCUCUUUGUGGUCCUCUUACUGUACAUGUUUGCUGGCGCAUUCUUGUUCAUGAGUUUAGAGCAAGAGAACGAACAAAAAGAAAAACAGGAUUUUCAAAACUACCUUGAGGAGUUCUAUAGCCGAAACCCUGACGUUAACAAAACUGAGUUAGAAGGUCUCCUAAAGAGGUAUGGAGCGGCUGAGACCGCCGGGUACGUGGGCAACAAGAGACCCCGCUGGGAUUUCUCAGGCUCCUUCUAUUUUGUAGGAACAGUUAUUUCAACAAUAGGAUUUGGAAUGACAACCCCAAGGACCGUUCCUGGAAAGAUUGUACUAAUAUUCUAUGGAUUCUUUGGUUGUGCCAGUGCUAUUUUAUUUUUCAACCUUUUUUUGGAGAGAAUUAUAACAUUCCUUGCUUACAUCCUUCGUGCAGUUCACGAACGGGAGAUGAGGAGAAAGUCCGGAGGGAACGGGUCACGUGACUCAAGAGACCGAAGGUCGUCCCAGACGUCUGAUGACGACCACUUGGACACGUGGAAGCCCUCGGUGUACUGGGUGAUGCUGAUUCUGCUCCUGGGAGCCAUCAUCGUUGCUUGCUGUGCAUCCGCCAUGUACCACCCGGUAGAGAACUGGACCUACUUUGAUGCAAUAUAUUUCUGUUUUGUGACGUUCGCCACGAUUGGAUUCGGUGAUUUAGUGGUUAGUCAAAAAUCAGACUACGAUUAUGUACAGUUGUAUCGAAUAGGGAAUUUUAUCUUCAUUGUGAUUGGGUGCUGUUGUAUAUACAGUCUAUUCAACGUUACAUCCAUUGUAAUCAAACAGUUUUUGAAUUGGCUGAUUCAAAAAAUGAACUGUCGAUGUAGGCGUCGACCGAAGAAGUCUACGGGACGUAGAAAUGCAAUCACUCCAGGCCAUCUCCAACGACAUUCUAAAUCCAACGGCUCCACCAAGGCGCACAGCGUCACAGUGGAACCGGACAGUGAUUCCGAGGGCCGCAGGAACUCUGACGAAAUGAUCUCCAUGCGGGAUUUCUUAAAUGCAAACAAAAUUUCGCUAGCAAUGAUGCAAAAGCAACUUUGGGAAACAUCUCAAAGAGGAGGAGGAGGGGGAGGGGUGUCCAACGGGGGUGGUUUUCAGGGACCGGUUGGUCCUUUAGCCAUUUUAGACCGAAAAUUAGGCCAAGAAGAAGUAUGAUAUAUAUCAAUUCGUGCAAAUAACUUUUUCAUAUAACAUUCUGACAAUCCUGAAAAAAUUGAUUCGUCGAAAAAGGCAUACUGUGAUAAAAACUGUCCGAAAGUUGUAAGAAAGACUGCUAUUGGCAAUCAUUAUUCCUGUGUUAUAUCUCAACAACGACGUGUUUUCAACUAUCUGAUAACGAAACAUUCGGACCACCCGCUGCGAAGACAGGAACUGCCAGCGUCACUUCCGGACACCUCAAGGUCACAAGGUUGCGCAUCUUUUUCUUGUGUUCUUAUUCACGUCUCGUUUCUUGACCGCAGAGAUUAUUGAUAUUUUUGUAGGAUUUUAAACGAUGAAAAUGUCUUUUAUGAAUAUAUGUGCAAUUCUGUUAGCCAUUGUUGAAAAAUGUAAACUAAAUGAAUGCACCAUUGUCUUUCAUGACCUAAUUAAGAUUUUGUGACCUACAUGUAAAAGAGGAUAUUUUAAGUUUGGACUCAGCCAACGUGGCUCUGUUAACGAACAUUGUAUAUAAUUUGCUAUUAUUUACAUAGAAUCAAUAUUCGAAGGAAUAUCAGCAUGUGUCUGAAACUAGAAAAAUUUGUAUGCAUGUUUAGCAAUGACACUGUAGUUAAUUCUGACAUAUUAAUUUAAUUGUAUGAGAUGAUAUUCAAUCACAAUUAAAAUAUCAGACAAUUUGGUUAUAUAUUUGAAUUAGUUUGAAUUGGUUGUUUGCUAUUUAAAGUUGUUAUGUUUUAUCAAGAACAUUUACCAAUAAAUUAUUUCACGAC